AAGUAAAACAACUCUCCCACAAAGGAGAGUGGAAUAUGAGCUCAGUUCAUCGGGUCCCAUGAUGUUAUGAUCCGUGUUUAGUAUGUAGAGAGGAUUCUAUCCUUGCCAGCAAUUCCUCUUUGUCGUGUUCACGACAUAUAAAUGCUAUGCUAUCUCCACCAAAAACUCAACCUGAAUCCAGUAUCCGCCAUUCUCCACCCUCUCACCACCUCAAUGACUAUCUGACACCGUCACCAACUUUCAAGUUGUUCUUCAUAAAAGCGUGAUCUCCCGCUGUUUUUCUCUAUCUUCUAGUAAUUAAUAGUAAUACUACCAUUUUUCUCCUAUUUCAAUAUCCAAUCGGUUAUUCUUUUUUUGCAUUAUUUGUACAUCUUGUACAAUAAUUCAAAUAUUGAUCGAAGUUUAGAUGUUUCAAUGACGAGUGCCAUCGGAAACGGUUCGUUCUUUUAUCGUACUCCUUCAAAAUUUGAUGGUGCUGAUACCUCGUCGGAAAAGUUAGGGGUUUUAAAGCUACGGGCAUGUAAUUUUUGCAGAGCUAAGUUAUUGGGCUUACCGCCUUUAAGGGCAAUGGAGGCUUCUAGAACCUCUCAUAUCAAUGGAAAAGCCGAAAAUGUUCAUCAGCCAGGAUACAAUUCAAACGGUCAAGUGACCGCAAAUGAUUGUCGUGGCUUUUCUGGUAAAAGUAUACCUCGGAUUUCUACAAACGGGAAUUCAACGAACAUUGUUUGGCACAAAUGUUCUGUAGAGAAAAGUGACAGAGAGGAGUUGCUUCAGCAAAGGGGUUGUGUUAUAUGGAUUACCGGUCUCAGUGGUUCAGGGAAGAGCACUUUGGCAUGUGCUCUAAGUCGUGGCUUACAUGCUAGAGGAAAACUCACCUACAUCCUUGAUGGUGAUAAUGUUCGCCAUGGUCUGAAUCGUGACCUUAGUUUUGGAGCUGAAGAUCGGGCAGAAAAUAUAAGACGGAUUGGGGAAGUGGCUAAGCUUUUGGCAGAUGCUGGAGUUAUUUGCAUUGCCAGUUUGAUAUCUCCCUACAGAAAGGAGCGAGAUGCCUGCCGUGCUUUACUACCUGAAGGGGAUUUCAUUGAGGUUUUCAUGGAUGUUCCUCUACGUGUAUGUGAGGCAAGGGACCCUAAGGGAUUGUAUAAGCUUGCUCGAGCUGGAAAGAUAAAAGGUUUUACUGGUAUUGAUGAUCCAUAUGAGCCACCCCUGAAAUCAGAGAUAGUGUUGCGUCAGAACCAAGGGCUAUGUGAUUCUCCUAAUGACUUGGCUGAUGUAGUGAUCUCAUACUUGGACAAAAAUGGAUACCUGAAAGCAUAACUGCUCAUGACCUUAUGUUCAAAUUGAGAAGCUGUGUUUCCCUUGUGAAUAAGUGGAUCAUAAUAUAUGUAGAUUGAGUUAAUCUGUAAACUAAACUUGCGGACAUUAUGUUCGAUAGGCCUAGCACUUCUGUUGUACAAGGUUAGGAUCUGAUCGCAGAAAGAAGCACUGCAUUCAUGUGCCAAUCCACUCUAUCAAUAUCCCAAACAAAGAUAAAAACAUAAAAAAAAAUGAGAUAUCCCCUCCCCAUAAGCUAUAAGUUGUGAGGAAAGACUCCGUCCGUCAUAGACUCAUAGUUACAAGAUGCUUUUACUGCCAGAAAAUACAAGUGCUGGAAAGCUAAUCUAUUUAUUUGCAUUUUGUUGUGCGCUAGGUAAGCAAGUGAAUUAUGUCAUGUAAAAGAUUUGUGAUGUCUGGCUUAUGGAUGCAUUUAAAAUGGUAAACUUUUGAUAACA